ACGGAGAGAGCAGCGGCAGCAGCUGGGAUUAGCCAUCGUUGCAAAAUGCUAACUGGCAAGACUUUGCUUGCUUGUGAUGAUACAAGCAUAGGAUUGACUUGCAAGGGGUAAAUUGGAAGCUUCGCCUCUAUAAGGUGGAAUAAUUAUAAUUCACCCCUUCUGAUUCAUUCUUCAAGAAAAUGGGAAAUUCUUAUGCGGGGCAACUUAACUCAACACGUUUUGAAGAAGUAUUGCAUAAUUCUAUUGAAGCUUCUCUCCGAUCCAGUAAUUUAGUCCCAAGGCCCAUUUUUUCACAGCUAUACUUAGAAGCCGAGCGGCAGCUUUCGUCUCUAGAAGCAGGCAUUAGGGUAGAUAAUGAGGAAGAGGAGGAGGAGGAAGAUGAUGAUGAUGAUGAAGGUUCAGAAACAAGUAGCCCUCCUGUUACUUAUCAGAUGAAAUCACCACCUGAAGGUUGUUGCACUACCGAUGGUUUCUGUCAGACUGGUAAAGACCUCAGGCUAGCAUCCAUUUUGAAUGAACCGAUUGAAGUGCCUUCAGGAUUUUUACUGGUUGGUGCAAAGUCACCAACCUUACCUGAUCAUCUUUUGGUGUGUGCUGUGGAUAAGCGAUUCCUGCCCGAUGACUACGGGCACAAUGCAUUACUAGGUUUCUCUGGAAACUGUGUUGGCUGUGGCAAGAAAGGAUUCUGCUACUUUACUGAGUUUUCUAAUCAUAUCAAUCUAAAGCUGACCUCUCAGCCCAAGAAACAGAAACAUUUGAAGUAUUAUCUGGUCAGGAAUGCGCAGGGGACCCUUACCAAAGGCUCUGCAAUCUGCUGGAAGGGGGCAGAAUUCAGAAACCGACAAUCCUCCUCCAACACUUCUUCCCAUACGUUGUUUCAGCCUCCAGAGAAUACAGUCUCUUCAGCAACUGUUACGAACGAACCAUUCCUAGCAGCACAUCCAGUAGGUCAAGCUGGAAUUCAUCAAACAACUCCUGACCACCUCCCAUCAGCUACUUGCCAUCCAGCCUACAAUGGGAAAGACUCUUCUUAUCAACACUCACUAAAAAGCAAUUCACCUUCCGUGACAAAACCAUCGGCAUUAGGUACUUUAACAAACCCGGGACCUCCCAAAAAACGCCACAAAGGAUGGUCACCAGAGUCUCCCUCCUCCAAUGAAGCCUGGAAUAUGCAGUCCAACUCACAAAUCCCAACUAGAAAUAAAAAUGAUGGCGGAGGAGGGCUCCCCAGUUUACCUCAUGCUACUUUGGUAGGACCAGCAUCUUCUCCAAUAGUGGCUUCAGGGGAGCCAGUUUCGGUUCCUGAAAAUUUGCUUAAAAUAUAUAAAGCAAAACCAGUCAUAUUUAAAGGGCAUGGGAACUUCCCUUACCUUUGUGGGAACCUUAAUGAUGUCAUAGUGAGCCCUCUUUUGUAUACAUGUUAUAAGAAUGCACAGUCUCUGUCUAGGUCUUAUGAACAAUAUGGAGCCUCCACUGUACAGCCAAUUUCAGAGGAAAUGCAGCUCUUGUUAACAGUGUACUACCUUGUUCAGCUUGCUUCAGACCAGGUACCUUUGAUUGAGGAUUUGGAGCAGAUCUUCAUGCGUUCAUGGCGGGAGAUGUACCUCUCUGAAAUCCGUCAGUAUCAGCAGGCCAUUCCUCAAGCUUUUCCUCACAUUCCUGGCCCCAUUGCCCCGGUCACCUCAGCUCAGCUCCCCUGGCUAGCAGGCUUGGCAGCCAGUUCAUGCAACGACAGCGUCCACAUCAUUGAGUGCAGCUAUUCGUUGGCUGAAGGGCUUUCAGAAAUGUUCAAGAUGCUCCUUGAAGGAAAGCUGGCAAAGACCAACUAUGUGGUGAUCAUCUGUGCUUGUAGAAACAGAACCAUAGACUCUUGCAUUGUGGUUACAGGGAAAUAUCAAGCAAGAAUACUCUCUGAAAGCAUGCUCACUCCAGCAGAAUAUCAGAAAGAAGUUAGCUAUGAGCUAGUUACUGGGAAAGGAGACGUUCUUGGACCAUUUUUCAGUUCUCUCUGCCCAGAUGGUGACCUCGACGUUCUGUUGGAUAAAUAUUAUCAAGAAAAUAGAACCCACAUAUCAUCAUCUCUCUCUGCUUCUGCAAAUAAACCGGCAACCCUGGAUGUAACUGGAGCAGCUGUGUGUACAAGUUAUAACCUUGAGCGGCAUCAGAUCCGCCCUUUCCAGCUCACUGUGGCCCAGAAAUUGCUCUCUCAUGUUUGCUCCAUUGCAGAUUCCAGCACCCAAAACCUUGACCUGGGUUCCUUUGAGAAAAUAGAUUUCCUGAUAUGUGUGCCUCCUUCAGAAGUGACAUAUCAGCAAACCCUCUUCCACCUCUGGCAUUCAGGUGUUUUAUUGGAGCUUGGCUUGGAGAAGGAACAUCUGACAAAAGAGCGGGUGGAACAAUACGUUGUCAAGCUUGACGCUGAUGCCCAGUUAAAGUUUAAAGCUUUCUUGCAGAACUCUUUGCAGAACCCACACACCCUGUUUGUACUCAUCCAUGACCACGCUCACCGGGACCUUGUAAGCGCAGUUCAUAGCCUGUACCCUCACUCAGAUCCAGCUGUGGGACUCGUGGACAGACUGCUGAAUUGUAGAGAGGUGAAGGAAGCUCCCAACAUUGUCACUCUUCAUGUGACUUCCUUUCCUUAUGCAUUGCAGACCCAAUACACCCGGAUUAGCCCUUAUAAUGAAAUCCACUGGCCUUCGUUAUAUAACAAUGGCAUGGACUUAUAUCAUGAAAACAAGAAGUACUAUGGAUUGCAUGAAUUCAUUGAAUCCACACUUUCUGGACACAGUCUUCCAUUGCUUCGUUAUGACAGCUCUUUUGAAGCAAUGGUCAUGGCUUUGGGGAAAAGGUUUCCUCGGCUGCAUAGUGCAGUGAUAAGGACAUUUGUUCUUGUCCAGCACUACUCCGCAGCCAUGAUGGCAGUCUGUGGCUUAUCUCAGAUGAAAAAUUAUACCACUGUCGAAACUUUAGAGAUCACGCAGAACCUCAUCAACUCUUCACAGCAGUGUCCCAGUGGACAUGGGCUGAUGGUGGUCUUAAGGAUCCCUUGCAUGCCAUUGGCUGCGGUGGCUUAUGAGCGCCUCAUCCACGUGAGGGAAAGGCUUGCUUUGGAGGGCCGUUUUGAAAUCAUCCUGGGGAAUCCCAACUCCGGAAUCAACGUGGGGAAGCACUUUGUGGAACAACUCAAGAACUGGCAGAAAAUUGAAGAUGCUGAUUGGAAACCUCAGACAUAUUUGGAACUGGAGGGUCUACCUUGCAUUUUGAUUUUCAGUGGAAUGGAUCCUCAAGGAGAAUCCCUGCCAAGAUCCUUGAGAUACUGUGAUCUACGGUUGAUAAACUCCUCAUGCCUGGUGAGAACAACUCUGGAGCAAGAGCUUGGCUUGGCAGCCUAUUUUGUCAAUUCUGAAAGUACAGUGGAGAAAGGAGGAACCACAAAUGAUGUCUUGGAGAGUGACCCAGAAAAACUGAGCAGUACUGAUAAUGAGGAUGAAGAAAUAGUAACGGAAGGCUCAGCUUCUGAAAGAAGAAGCCCUGUGAAUAGGGAGAGAUCUGGCUCUCGUGAUUCUGCCGAUUCUUCUGUCUCUUCAAAAGCAUCAAGUGCGCCCUUUUGCAGUGAAGCAUCUGCAGGGGAGGUAGGAAAAAAGUCACCUCAGCAGAUGUUAAGCAGCAGUAAUGAAGAGAGUGUGAACAGCACUGAGAAGCCAAGACCCAAAGUGGAGAAAGAGCUUAAACAGACCACGAAAGCUGCUCAGGCUUCCAUCUCUUCGUCGUCACCUUCUCCUUUCUCAUCGUCCUUGGCUUCUUCUCUCCCCACCCAUAGUGCCUUGCCUCUGCAGGGCUCUCAGUGUUCCAUGGCCAAAACAUCCCAGCAACCUCCCAUCGUUUACCUUCCCAAACUGAUGUAUGAUAUCGUGACCUCUGCAGACAGCACAGGUCUUCCCAAAUCCUCCUCCCUCUUGCCUUACCAUUCAGUAAUGUGGGCAAGCUCUUUUCGCCCUCUCAUGAAUAAAAUGAUGACCUCCACAGAGCAGUCUCUCUAUUAUCGCCAGUGGACAGUUCCCAAGCCAAGCCACAUGGACUACAACAAUAGAAAUGAAGGGAGGAUGGACACUUUUCAUCCGAGGAGGCUGCUGCUGAAUGGGCCACCCCAGAUAGGAAAGACUGGUGCUUAUCUGCAGUUUCUUAGCAUUUUAUCUCGAAUGUUGAUUCGGCUGACAGAAGUGGAUGUUUAUGAUGAAGAGGAGAUUAAUGUUGAUCUGAAAGAAAAUUCAGAACAAUAUUAUCAUCAGCCAGGAGACGUGUGGCCUGAUUUAGAAACAUUUAAAAAGAUGCCUUUUGAUUAUACAAUCCAUGAUCCGAAAUAUGAAGAUGCAAGUCUCAUUUGUUCAACAGUGCAGAAAACGAAGAGUGACGAUAGAUCAAUAAAGAGAAAACCAGAGGAUCUGUACAUGCGCCGUCAGACAACUCGGAUGAGAUUAUCCAAAUAUGCUGCUUACAACACUUACCAUCAUUGUGAACAGUGUCAUCAAUAUAUGGGCUUUAAUCCCAGGUAUCAGCUUUAUGAAUCCACCUUGCAUGCUUUUGCCUUUUCCUAUUCAAUGCUUGGAGAAGAAAUUCAGCUACACUUCAUUAUCCCCAAAUCGAAGGAGCACCAUUUUGUCUUUAGCCAUCCAGGAAGGCAGCUGGAAAGUAUGAGAUUGCCUCUUGUUACAGAUCAGAGCCAGGACUACAUAAAGAGCCCUACUUUCACUCCUACGACAGGACGCCACGAACAUGGACUUUUUAAUCUUUAUCAUGCAAUGGACGGAGCCAACCAUUUGCAUGUUUUGGUUGUCAAAGAGUAUGAAAUGGCAAUAUAUAAAAAAUAUUGGCCCAAUCACAUCAUGCUUGUUCUGCCAAGUAUUUUCAACAGUGCUGGAGUGGGAGCUGCUCACUUCCUAAUAAAAGAACUGUCUUACCAUAAUUUGGAGCUGGAACGAAAUCGGCAGGAAGAGCUUGGCAUUAAGCCUCAAGAUGUUUGGCCUUUCAUCGUCAUCUCUGAUGAUUCCUGUGUGAUGUGGAAUGCUGUUGAAAUUGAUUGUUCUGGUGACAGAAAAAGUGAAUAUACCUGGAGAGAAAAGAAUAUUUCCCUAAAGCAAAUUCUUCAGCACAUUGAAUCGACUCCCAGUGUCACCCACUAUGCCUUGAUUGGCAUGAGGAAGUGGUCCAGUAAAACUAGGAUUGGAGAUAUCAAGGAGCCAUUCUCAUGUUGCCAUGUGCAUGACUUCAUCAUGCUGAAUGUGGACCUGACCCAGAAUGUCCAGUAUAACCAGAACAGAUUUGUUUGUGAUGAUGUGGAUUUCAAUCUACGCGUCCACAGUGCAGGCUUGAGGAUCUGCCGAUUCAAUCGAUUUAGUGUCAUGAAGAAGCAAAUAGCAGUAGGAGGACAAAGGUCUUUUCAUAUCAAAUCAAAGGUGUCAGAUAAUUUAAUGAGUAUUGGUCCAGCUCAAUAUAUAUGUGCCCCUGACAGCAAGCAUACAUUCUUGGCAGCUCCUGCUCAGUUAUUGCUUGAAAAAUAUCUCCAGUAUCACAGCCAUCGCUUCUUCCCUCUUUCACUGAAGAAUUACAACCAGCCAGUGCUGUCUGUGGAUUGUUACCUUAAUUUAGGAUCACAGAUUGCAGUUUGUUAUGUUAGUUCCCGGCCUCAUUCUCUGAAUGUCAGCUGCUCUGAGAUGAUAUUCAGUGGACUCUUGCUGUAUCUCUGUGAUUCCUUUGUUGUAGCCAGCUUCUUGAAGAAAUUCCACUUUUUGAAAGGUGCCACCUUAUGCGUCAUUUGCCAAGAUAGAAACUCCCUUCGCCAAACUGUUGUCCGGCUGGAACUGGAAGAUGAGUGGCAAUUCCGGCUAAGAGAUGAGUUUCAAACUGCCAAUGCCAAAGAAGACAAGCCCCUCUUUUUUUUGACAGGACGCCAUAUUUAAUAAGAAAUUAUCUGACAUCUUCAAGGAGUUUCUUUCAACCAAAAAUAAAUCGUGAAAAUAGUGAGGGAAAUUAAAUAUUCAGCUAAAAAAAAACCCCAUAAUGUAGACAAAAAUGUAGGCAAAUUGGAAAUAUCUGUAUUAUAGUUUUAUUUUAUUUGACAUAUUUGUGUUUAUAAUUACAGACUGUGUCAGUUACCUUUUAUAAUUUAAGAUGUUUAAACUGUUCCUUUUGUGUCAGGAGCAGAGUGGAAUUUCUGCUUGUUAUAGUUGAAUUGUUUAUAGGCUCUCUUUGUCUUUGUUUUGGUUGUAUAAAUUAUAGAUAUUAUUUUGUCAUGAAAUACUUGGGGUGGUAUGGUUCAACAUUUAGACGUAGAUUCCCUUCUUAACCUUUUCUUGAAUUAGAGGUCAGUAGGCAGAAAAUGCUCCAUUCUUAGUAUAUAGUGCAGCUGAUAAGUGAACAGCUAUUGUGAAAAAGAUUUGGGUACAGCGCUAGAGGCAAAAAUGAAGUGGGCAGUUGUCCCAUUCAAGCCCCAAUGAAAUGAAUGGGAAACAUGAAGAGCUUGGCAGUGUGUAUCAGACUUAGUGGGAAUUGCAGAAAACAACUGUCCAAGGGAUUGUGCCUUAUAGUUCCAUUUUAAUGAAAAUGGAUGCUUAGGCCUUUACCCUACUAGUAAUUUUGAACCCCCUUUCCAUUGCUGAAGUGAUUCAAAGCCCGUCCUCAUUACAUUGGAUAAGCCACAACACUGGGCGGAUGAUUCUAAAGCAGGGGUAGUCAACCUUUUUAUACCUACUGCCCACUUUUGUAUCUCUGUUAGUAGUAAAAUUUUCUAACUGCCCACCGGUUCCACAGUAAUGCACCAUGUAUCGUCAUCUGCGCAGCCUCUCACGCAUCGUAGAUUGGAUUUGGGGGGGGGGGCACCGGCUACCAGCUCUGCUUGUCUGUUACAGCUGGGUGGUGUGGGGGGAGAUGCGCGAGCUAUUCUGGAACAAGGCUCUUUUGUUUGCAGUCGCACUAUAGCGCCAUUUAGUUUCACUUACGUAACAUGAACUAAACUUAUGUGUGGGCUAUACAAAUAGUAUAUUUUCAAAAAUUGUCAUGGGGAAUUUUAUGAAAACCUAAUGAAAAUGUUUUAAAAUAAUGCUAUGAUUUUUUUUUUAAAAAAGUCAAUUAAAUAAAAAAAAAGGAAAGUGGUUCAGUAUCGGACAAAAGCCCUACCACCCACCAUGAAAGCUGGAAUGCCCACUAGUGGGCGGUAGGGACCAGGUUGACUACCACUGUUCUAGAAGAUGCUACUGUAAUGAUUUCCCUCAUCCUAGUCUCAGAACUGUUGUUUGUUCUAGGUAAUUUUUUAAGUGGAAGCAUUUAUAGGACCCUGAUAAGGAGAUAGUUCCUUUCCAGUUUCCUCAAUGCCUUCUACAAUAACAGAGCUUUUAAUAUCUAAUCCAGGGGUGAAAUCCAGCAGGUUGUGACAGGUUCUAGAAAACAGGUAGGGAACAUUUUGAGUAGUUCGGAGAACCGGCAAAUACCACCUCUGGCUGGCCCCAGAGCGGGGUGGGAAUGGAGAUUUUGCAAUAUCCCUCCCCCAGAAGUGGGGGGGAAUGGAGAUUUUGCAGGAUCCUUCCCCUGGAGUGGGGAGGGAAUGGAGAUUUUGCAAGAUCCUUCCCUGCCCACCAAGCCAUAGCCACAGAACCAGUAGGGAAAAAUUUUCACCCUGAUCUAAUCUCAUUGGAAAAGAGAGAGAGGGAAAUAUUGAGGGAGAUAUUCAAAGAUGUAUCGCCUUGAAAGUAGCCCAUAUUGAACUGUUUAUCACAAAUAUUGACAGUUGACCACAGGACAUGUUCUAUGACAUUUUGUAUUAUGUCACUAAUGUUUUAUGAUAACUUUUAUGUAUAAAGUGUUUUAUAAAAUUUCAAGCCCACAGGAGUCACAGGUUCUGGAUUUUGAGUAUAUUUUGUAAAUUAGCCCUUUUUGAAGUACCGUCAUUCAAUAACUGUUGCCUACAAUACACUGUUUCAUCCAGCUAAAGAUUAUACACAGACAGACAGAGUUUUAAUAGUAUGUUAGACAACCCAUGACCCGUUGGGUCAUUGUUUCAAAGACAUUGCCUUUCCAGAUUCACUAAAACCUUCAACCAUAGUAGAACUUCUAAUGUAAUGGAAAAGUUUUUUAAAAUCCAGGGACAUAUUCGGAGAUGUAUCUGCUUUGAAAGUAGCCCAUGUUUGGACUGUACAGCACAAACAUCAGCAGUUGAUCACAGGGAAUGUUCUCUGACAUUUUGUAUUAUGUCAGGGGAAAAAAGACAUUUUUUCCUAGGGUUAAACCAGAAGAGGGGAACUGCAUCCACAGACCAGAGGCCUGCUUCAGUGCAAUUCAUUUUCUGCUUAUAACAUUAUUUACAGCUAUCAGCACUGGAAUGGGGAUAAGGAAUCAUCAGAUGCUGGAAAACUUCAUCUGUCAAAGGAUUUGGCAAUAAAUCACAACAGGAAAAGAACAAAUUGAUUGUCCUCCCUAACUCCUUGAUGAGCAACCAGUUCUUCAUUUCUUCAAUUUUAAUUAAAAUGUCUAAUUUUUCAGGAACAUUCUUGUAAAGGGACAUGACACUGCUUGUAAUUCAAUUUCUUCAGUGACAAAAAGUGUUAAGCACUUCAUCUAUAUGGGCUGUGAUCUAUUCAGAGCUAAGCACUUUUAAAUUCCACUAAUUUUUUU